CCUCCCUCCUCGCCUACGCUAGCUUAGCCUUGUCUUUGUGCACCGACUACGGCACGGCCCGCAAGAAACGGAGAUGGAGACGAUGGCGAUGAUGGUCAGGAGAACAAAGCGGUCGACAAAGCUCAAUUGGCUGUGUUGUUGCUGGCAUACCUCCGCUCGAUCCGCUCGUCGAGUCCUGGGUCGUCACGGCGCCAUCGCGGCCCGCGCAGGGAGUAACGGCGACGCGGCUCAUGAUGAGGUCCGGGGCGGCUCGACGGUGGUCUCUACGAAUCAUCCCUGGGUCGUGUGGAGCACCGCCGACACGAUCGAGCGAGGGUGUGCGACCCAGCAGCUGGAUCAUCGGUCAGCAACGUGUUUCCAUCGAACCCACCUCAUCAUCUCUUCAGCUCUCUUCUCUCUUCCUUUGCCUACCUUUGCACCGUCGCGAUGCUCCUUCUCCCUUCAUUCUUGCCGCUGACGGUAGUCCUCGUUGCCCUCGGGCGUGCCUGCCUGGCUGAUAGCCUCAACGCUAGCCUCGGGCAUGAGCCUCGCGACCUUCUUGCUCCUCGGAAGCUGCCGGAUGCCGAUGGCAACAAGUAUCGCUUCAAGUUCGGCGGUCCUACCCUGAAGGGUGAUACGCUCUUUGGUGUGGGCAUAGGUAGCUGGCUGGUCCUCGAAUCCUUCAUCACGCCCAGCAUAUUUGAUCAAAGCGGCAAAGAUGGGAAAGCGGUGUAUGACGAAUGGACCUUUGUCGACGCCGUCGGCGCUCAAAAGGCCACCCAGAUCCUGCGAGACCACCACGACAAAUGGAUCACCGAGGACGACUUUCGACUCAUGAAGGAGUACGGCCUCAAUGCUGCGCGCAUUCCCAUCGGGUACUGGGCAUUUGAUGUUCAGCCCGGUGAGAGCUAUCUCAAGCUCGAUCAGUGGGCUAUGCUGCUACGUGCUUGCGAGUGGGCGCAGAAGCAUGGCAUCAAGGUCAUCGUGGACCUGCAUGGCGCGCCGGGCAGUCAGAAUGGCUACGAUCACUCCGGCCAUCGAGGCGCCCUCAAUUGGGACAAGCAGCAAAGCAACAUCGACCGCACCCUCGCCAUCAUCCGCACCAUGGCCACCGAGUUCUCCCAAGCAAAAUGGGCAGACACGAUCAUCGCCCUCGAGUUGCUCAACGAGCCCAAAGGCGUCGACAUGGCCAAGCUCAAGAAGUUCUACCAAGACGCCUACCACGAGAUUCGCUCGAGGGGCAACUUGGCGGUGGUACUGAGCGAUUCGUUCAUGGGAGUCGGCAACUGGAACGACACUCUACCCUACCCGCAAUACGAAGGAGUGCUCAUCGACCCACACAUAUACUUUCUCUUUACGGCUGCGGACCUCAAGCUCGACCCCAAAGUACGCGCCUAUCGCAUGUGCAGCCAUGUCGCUCAGUUCAAACAGAUCAACAGCGAGCACCACUGGAUCAUGACGGGCGAGUGGUCCCCGGCUUCGACCGACUGCGCGAUCAACAUCAACGGCCGUCAAGCCGGCUCGCGCUACGACGGCAGCUACAAGGGCGGAGGCAACAAUAAUGGCGCCGUGCAGAACGCCAACAUCGGAUCGUGCGCGCCUUGGAGGGGCUCGGCGAGCAAAUGGAGCCAAGCGCAAAAAGACGAUCUGGCUCGAUGGUGGGAGACGGGUAUGGAUGCCUAUUACUCUGGGGCAGGCGGAUUCUUUUGGGCUUGGAAGACGGAGGAUGGGACGGCAGAAGACUUUAGCUACGUAGCCGGGGUCAAGAAUGGGUGGAUCCCGAAAAAUCCUCGUGCCAGGCCGCAUGGCUUUCAUUGCCCAGGCGUCAAGGAGGAAGGGGCCAUCAAUCUGAGCAACGGUAGUAGCGAUGGUGGGACGACGGGGAAGUCGCAGGCUUCGAUGGCUAAGCGUGGGGUUGGUGGUAUCGCGGCCAGGUCUUCGUACGUGCCCUGCAGCAUUUUCGGCUCGACGUUGAUCGUCGGCGGAUUGAUUCUGCUUUUCAUGUGAGCGUACAGCGUACGCUGGACAUCAUUUUGCUUUCUCUUUUCGCUACUUUUGCUUUUCAUGCUGCGCCUAGCGAUGUAUUCACGUCGUCG